AUGCAUGCGAGAGUUUGUUGGGUUGCUCUAGGUGGAAGAGGGAAUGUUGGUUUUAGUGGACCUACUUCUCCUUCCCAGCCAACCGUUGGGGUAGUUUCCCCAGUUCGUUUGCCGAUUCCUGCUCCUUCUGACGAGGAGACUGAAUCCGAUGAUGCAGGUCUCCGUCCUCGUAAGGUGCGUAUGAUUGUGUUCGUGGCCAGGCUUCUUGGUGGUAUCGGGGUAUUCUUGGUAUGGGCUCACUUGAAGGUCCUUUUCAGCCGGGCAAGCCUUCCCGGUUGGCGAAACAGGAACCUCAUCUCACCCCUUGCCUUCCAAGUCUAUGCCCCAAACUGGGCGAUUGGUAUGGAUUCCAUUUUAUCGGAAGAGACUGCCACCCAGGAGUGGAGUUAUGCUCACCCCGACCAUAAUGAAUUUGCUUGUGAGCCAGUCAAGCUCUCAAUUCUAUUGUGGCCUGCGAGAAGGUCACUUUGGAAGAUAAUGUGGCCACUUUGGAGGACUGAUCAGAGCGACUUGAAAAUCCAUGUGAGUUCUCUUACUCUUGAGAAAGGUGUGCUAGCGAGUGAGUUGGCCAGAAUUUGCCAGCGGGAUCUAAGGUUUCGCAAGACAUGUGGGGCCCUUGGGUUUGAGAAGGGGAUACAACUAGGCGGUUGUUCCACAAUUGCCAGUGAGUCUGGAGUCUCGGAUCAUGGAUAUAUUGCGAGAAGUGCUAAAGAGGUGGUUGCUGCUCUAUCGUCCCUUGUUGAGACGGAUUUCGAGGGGCUCUUUCUCUUGGGGAAGCUAGAUUAUGAUAGUUUACGCCAGUUUUGUUGUGGGCUGAGUCCGGGAGGUUCUUCCUCAGACUCUGAGGGUUGA